GCAACCAGAGAUGAGAUUUCGUGGAACGCCAAAGUCCAAAAUGAAGUGGUCAAACAUUUAAACAAAUCUAUCGGUCAAGAAAUACAAUCCGAUAAAGUGAGAGUCAUUCCCUUGGAGAAGGUCAUUCUCACGAGCAACACACCCACAGCAGAUUAUUCGCUAUCGCCAGUGUGGACGAUUUAUGACAAGAGCACAACCCUGAGGCUUUCUCUGUCGUGUUCUGAGCAGAAAGUCUGCGACGAUCUGGCUAACGAAAUGCGAUCUAAUCCCGAACAAUUCGACCACUUAAAACUCCUUUACAGUUUGUCAUCGCAGACGUCGCAAACCAAACAGACGACCAUCAGCAUCGACAGCGUCACUUCCGGUGAAAUGGUUACUGCUCUUUUACAGAAAUUUGGAGACAAAAAAGACAUUUUUCUGACGGCCAACGUGAACUAAACGUGGAAUCAAGUUUCCCAUCUUUGGUGUGUGUAAGAAUAAGAACUCGAAUUGGACAACGAUCAGAAAAGAAUUUUGAAAUAGCCGAACCGGAUCUCUUUCUCAGAUAUCGGCUCAGUUUCACUUCCACAACACUAGUGGCUUGAUACGAAACAUGAAAAUGAAACGUAUACGUCAUGUAACGCAACCGAUUUUAUUUUAAUUGCAAAGAAAGUAAAUUAGUUUUGUGUUAAUUAAAUACUUUGAAAUAUUAUUAUUCCCAAAUAUUUCUUGGGCCUAUUUCUUUCUUUUGGGGGGCUGCGGCUUUUUUGAGUUUUUUGUCACUCUGGAGAUUUUGAAAAUUUGUCCCCUGGUGGUUGGUUAUGUAGAACCAGUUCUUUCCGCUAGGUGUGCUGUGGUCGAUCGAUACCGAAUGUCCGAAUUACCGAUUGAUAGUCCUCUCCGAAUGUGUUGGAGUUGGACUGCUUGUCUGAACGGUUCGGUAAUUUGGUUGGAAGUUGAGUUUUCGUCGUCGUGAGUCGUGACUCGUGGAGUCGUCAGUCGUGGUUCUGCUUCUUAUUAUUUAAUGCUAUAAUUUGAAUUCCAUAAAAAAACAGAAGAGUCAUGAAUUCUUCAUCGAAAAUCGAUAGAAAGUGCAUAGCUGAAGCUGUUUUGCCAUCACAGGAGCCAUUAUUGGAUUUUUCAGCUGGAUAUGUGAUACCUGAUGAAAUUUCUCUACCUUCUAUUAACCUCGAAGAAAUUGGAAAUCUCGACAUACCUUUAUCUAUUCUGGAUGCUGAAAGAUUGAAGGCGUUUUUAGAAAGACAGCGAGAUGCAGGUGCCUCACCAAGUCCGUUCCCUUCCUCAGGGAAACACACUUUUGAAAAGUGUUAUGAUAAAAUGAUUUUAGCAACAUUAGAGAACUUGGACAUAAGUUCUCUAGUCAUCAAGAUGUUAGGAUUACCUGUAUCUAAAACAAUGGAUUUUAAAGCAAAGUUUGAUAAGCUGAUGCUGUUUGAGGUAGAUGGGCAGUACACUCAUACCUUUGAUUCAGCAAAAGAAUUUGGGACAUUCGGUACGGCGAUUCUCCAGUUGCCCGUAAAUGGUGGCCAUGAUGGUGGAAACUUCCAUGUGGAAUAUAAUGGAAGGAAAGCCAGUUAUGAAGAUCAGGUUGAUAGCCAUAAGCUUUCCUCUCUGUCUUCGUUUUACGACAACUGCCACUAUGUAAUGAAGCCGAUUACGCGAGGCUGGAAGUUGACACUCGUCUUCAACCUGGUGUGGACCAAUUCCACAAUUGUGAUGCCAACCGACUUCUUAGUCUUUCUGAAAUCACUGAAGAAAUUAGAAGAAGCACUCAUUUCUUGGGUUCCCCAGCGAAAAGAAGAUGUAUUUUCUACCGAAGUUCGACAAUUGCUCAAAGGAAACGUCAAAAUCCCACUUAUUACUCGGAUCGACGAUAAAAUCGUUCCAUGCAAUAAUGAGAAAACAGAAGACACGGAUAUUGAAGAUUCUGAAAACUUUGAAAAUGACGACAAUUCUGAAAACGAAUCCGAUUCCGACACUUCCGAUUUUUGGUAUGACGACGAAACAGAUUGCCAUUGCGAUCAAAAAAUCUCAACCAGGAAAUGUGAAGAAGAAAAUGUAUUGUUCUUUGUUCUUGAAGAAAAGUAUUUUGAGAAUAGUCUCAUGUUCCAUCACCUUCACGGGAACGACCGAAUCUUGGCUGAUCUUCUCCGAUGCUGCCCUUUUAUCGACGUGCACCUAGCGAAAGCUGCGUAUAUCAAAACGAUAGCUAGAAAAUCAACAGGUGUGGCACCAAAAAACCAAUCGCCAAUAAAAAUAUCGCGUUGGAUAGAUUCGAACGGUGCUGUCAAAGAACUGAAAAUCGACGAGCUGAACUGGAGCGAAAAAUGUGUUGGCCCCAUUCGAAACUUGCUGGAACCCUGUAACACUGAAACUUACAGUGCAACCAGGCUAAAUUCAGCUGAAUGCCAUUAUCAGAAUUCAUUUCGAUGUUCAGGAGAAGGCGAAAUAAUUCGUGAAAGGAUUUGCUUUCAUACAAUACUGGUCAUAUGGCCCAAACAUCAAUCCAUCGGAAUGUACUGUCGUUACGGACGUUAUGGACUCGAUAUGUUUUUGAACUACUUUGAAAGCUCGUUGAUAUCCAUGCUUGGAUGGCAAGCGGUCGCACAACAACAGCUCACACAAGAUUUUCACCAAGUAGUCGAAUAUUGCUGCACCUAUCCUCAAAGAAUCUGGACCCAGUUUGCAUUAAAAAAAGAUGAGAUAACGCUGAGAUUGCUCCGUCUCUGCAUCGCCUUGCGAACACGCAAAGAAGGUCUCGAGAUAUUAAAGAUUCUUGGGUCGGAAUUCAAGACUAGAGGGAAGAAACAAAUAUUGUCUUUUGUCGGUAUUCAGAAUGAGCAAGUAGCUCAAGCACUCGUCCAAUUCGUCUGCCAAAGCAAUGGUUUGGGCGAUUGCAUUGAUCUAAUCAAAAACCUAAUUACAACUCAUCGCAUUUUCAAACAAUUCGUACCGAUUACAAAAAUGAUCCAGUACUUUCUAGACGCCAAAUGCGUUGAAGGAGCUGUGCUGGUUGGAGAUGGUGUAGCGUCGUCGUUGAACAACUUCGACCAGAAAAGAGUUGCCGUUCUCAAAAAGCCGGAUAUAUCCUUAUACGUGGAUGCAAUUGUUUCUUUGGAAGCCUACCCAGAAGCCUCCAGUCAAGAAAGACUAGCAUCGUUGGUCUCUCUCUUCUCCAAGCUUGGUUCAUCCUUACGAUGCCGUUUGGUAGUGCAAUUGGAUGCCCAGGUAAACUCGCGCUGCAUUGAAUCAUGUCAGUUUAUUUUCCUGGAAAUUUGCGAGACUUUUCUUUCCUCCGAGACUUUUCUUCCCUCCGCUGCAGACGCUCUUGGACUGCUGAAAUGUUUUAUUCUACUUGAAAAUCCAAAAUGGCUUGAGUCUUUGCUUUCCAAAAUGAGCAAUGUUCCAGAUCAAUGUGAAAGGAUUGUCUUGUUUACAAAACUACUUUCACAUCAAUCUUUAUGGAAUCUUGCUGAAUCAUCGGAAUUAGGAAAGAAAUCACUGGUCUUCAUUUUAGAUGGAUGUUCUGCCUUGUUAUUCAGCAUUAUGUCACCCAGUAAUGAGGUAUCCGUCUCCCGUUCACGCUACAACUAUAAAUUUUACGGAGACACGUUACCAUCUAUCUUGGCUAAGUACCUUCAGUUUGUGUUGGAAGCGGAACGUAUCCCCGCACUAGCAGAUGCUCAUCGAUUGUCCUCCAUCUCGUUGCUGCUGUCUCAAAUGAAAUAUAACCAACUGUAUCACAUCCUUGAUGUCUUCCACAAAUCCAGCAGCGAACACUGGAAUACGUCCCCCUGCUAUUCCGACAUGAUGCGUGAUAUCUGCAAGUCUAUGGUGUCUACAAUGAAAAACGUGAAGCCAAUUAGAGAAGCAGUCUCGAAAAUAGUCAGGUUCUUCUUUGAUUUUCUUGAUAAGUCGUUGUCGCAAUCGCUCCUCAUGGAAGUGUGUGGAUUUCAAGCUGCCGGAUGUUGGUCCCACAAUAUCAAGUACGAAUUUUUCAGUGACAUCAUCUCUUCAACUGAAGUUUGGGAUAAAUUGGAUUCUGAUACCAAAUUGGAUAUUUUGAACACCUGUGCUACGCUAAUUGAGUCAUGGAUAACUGAAGAAGGCAAAGCACUGGAUGAAAUCUCCUGGAUUAAGAAAACUCAAGAGGAAUUCUUCAAUUGCAUUGACCUUUUCUUCUUGAUUGAAGAGCAUCGGUUCAAUCCCAAACAAAAGAAUGUUAUUCGAUCCUUUCAACGGUUUUUGAAAAAGUUGCCAGCAUGCCUUCAUCUACGGAGUUUUAUGCUCAAACUUCACAAGUCGAUACUCACGACGAGGCCCUGCAUCAAGGAAUUCCCACUUUGCCUCGAAUUGUUUACCAUGGUUUGCCGACAUUUUGUUGAUCAAAUUUUUUUGUCAGACAAACUUUCAAAAAAAGAAUGUGACGAAAUUGUGAAUUGCUUGUUUUUUAUUGACGACGCUCGUUCCUGGGAAAGAUUUGCAGACGAAAUUUGUUCCUUAGAAGUUAUUACAGACGAUAACCAACCGUUUCAGCGGACAUUGUUGAACACCAACAUCCAAGAAAUCACGGAGUCGCCUCUUGCCUCUGCUGCUAUUAUACGCAUCGCGGACUAUUGGGUGUCCAAAUGGAAAUCAGUGGCAGAACCGCCCUUCACCUGGAAUAUGCCGAAAGUUGUAAUACCCAACUACUCCGAAGUGCAAAAGUUUCUUCGUUCCUCGGAGUCCCAUUUCAUCUACCAUUUAAAGAGCAUUGAACAAUUCCGCAGAUUUAAAAGUAAUCUUGACCGAACUGACCUCUUGAUGAAGUAUGUUUCAGUGUCGGAUUGGAACCCCAGGGACAGGAAUUGUAGACUUGAAAAAACCACCGAAUAUCAUAAAAGAGUUAUUCUGGAGUUGUUUCAGAGAUUGACAUCGGAAAUGGAUGACGUGCUGAAGUUCCGUCAAAGUCUCAGCCAGAAUCUUGCGACGGUCAAGUCUACAAGGAAAAGGCAAUUGAAAUUGGGUUCCUCGUCGACGUCUUCGGAUGAGGUCCGCAUUGUCUCUUCUAAGCGCAGUAAGCCUUAGCACUUAAUUGGUUUGAUUUGAUUUCAUGUUUCAUUUUUAGUUACCUCUACUUUCAUUUGAAUUUUGAUUUGUUUCUAUCGCUGAAAUCUUGUAAGUCCUAAUCUUAAAGGAACUUCAAAUUUCAACCAAUCAAUUCCUUCAAUUCCUUGUCUUUUGGUUACUUUGUCAUGUGCGUACUGUUGUACUCUGAAUAACUUCAGAUGUUGCUGUGUAACGUGCCAUUUUCACUGUUUAUCGUUUCUUAUCAAUAGAAAUUCUUAAAUCGGCA